AUGGCGCUGUGUCAAAACCGCCUACGCGAAGAGCGAAAGCAGUGGCGCAAAGACCACCCCUUUGGCUUCUUUGCCCGACCGCAAAAGAAUUCCCAGGGUGUGCUCGAUCUAAAAGUUUGGGAGUGCGGAAUCCCCGGCAAAGAGAAGACGAUCUGGGAAGGAGGCCUAUUCAGAAUGACGGUCACGUUCCCCGAUGUAUACCCCACGAAACCUCCCAAGUGCAAAUUUGUACCUCCUCUCUUCCAUCCUAAUGUCUACCCAACGGGUACUGUCUGCCUCUCUAUCCUGAACGAGGAGGAGGCCUGGAAUCCGGCUAUUACGGUUAAGCAGAUCCUUCUCGGCGUACAGGACCUGCUCAACGACCCCAACCCCGAGUCACCUGCCCAGGCGGAAGCUCAUAACCUUUUCAAGAAGGAUCGAGCCGAGUACGAACGCAGAGUAAAGCGUGCGGUGCACGAGAAUGCCGCACCUUGA